AUGCUGCCAAUAGCUGGUAGUUUCGUAAAAGGUCUUGCCGCUGUCGCUGUCGUGUUUCUAGACAACCUGGAGCGACUUGCAAAGAACAAGGAAGAUAUACAGGUCCUCGCCAGGGAUAUCACUGAUGUCGUGAUAAUCGUUCGCGAUGCCGGUAUCAAAAUAUCCGCAGAACCUAGGAGCAUUGAAGACGUUGCAGAUCUCAGAAAUGCUUGCUCGGAAUUCCAGAACAAUCACGGCCUUUGGAAGGAUAUAAAAAGGCUCUUGACUUCGAGAGAUAUUAAAGAGACGAUUAAUGGACACCGACAAGUCAUGGAAGGCGCGAGAUCCAACCUUUUGCUCUCUCUAACUUUAAAAUCAAAUGUAUCUCUCUCUCAUAUCACUCAUGGAGUCACUGCUCUUCAAUCGUCGCAAACUGACUUGAUGGCCGUUACUUGUGAUAUUAAGCGUGACGUGUCUCACAUCGGAGCUCAUGGACGAGAUACACUUCCUAACGGCAAAUUCCACCAUAUGAUGUACGGCGAUAUCCAAUGUCGGGAAAAUUGGUCAAAGAAGAGCCUCAUAGGGCAGAUCGAACAGGGCCCAAUACAUAUGGGUGAAAUCCUCAAAUACGUCGCGGAUGUGUCCACGUCGAACCGUGUUAUGGUCGUAAAAGAGUAUUCCGGGUCUGCAGGCCUUCUGCAAUGGAAAACAGAUUUCGAUCUACACAGUAAGGCGCCAAGGCAUCCGAACUUCCGUCAGCUGUAUGGAGUUGUAAAAUCUCAGGAUUGGCCUUGCUUAGUGUUUCAUGGGGCUGACGACGAAAUUCCAUACUGUCAAUAUCCUAAGCUCUUUGAUAAACGUAUCCAACCUUUAGCAAAAUCGGCAUUGUAUCAUAACCGCUGCAGCCUUCUCAAGUUCUUGAUCUCAUGCUGGGGUAAUGAAAGCACGGCACGUUGUUCCCCAGACGGACGUCUGAUAUUCGAUGAUUUGGAGGAACUGUCAUGGGCGACGACGUGGGACAAGAUAUACGUCAACGAUUUUGAAAAUAUCCUUGGUCCCGUGCCGCCAGCAGUACAAUGGUCGCUCAAUCUUCUGAUGCUUCGGCGACAGGAACCUAGCGUUCAAAAAGAGUACCUCGUCACGUACUUUCGUGUCAUGUCAGUUGGGACACCAUGGUCUAUGAUCCCAGACGUAGAUAUAGAUAUACCCAACUCCACACUCAUCGGAACUAUCGUUAUCAGUGACCCUCUGGAACACCGUCACUUCGCAGUGGACUGCCUCGGAGAUGAAAUCCCACCAGUCAAGCUUUCAAUCCAGUCAUAUGCGAUGGGGGAGCUUCUGGAGCUUCCGAAUGGACUCUGGAGGUUCAUACGUCCACAGUCAGCGAUCAAUGAAAGUGAAAGCUUCCUUCAUUCCAUAUUCCCUGAAUCAUUGGACUUUCUUGGCCUCGGAUUCACAUGCUCCAUGGAAUUAACAUCGGACGCGAGGUCCCAACAUCUCUGCAGUUGGUUCUCGCAAGGUCCACGAAUAUUGGCAAAGAUAUCCGAGACCUUAAAUGCCGAUCGUCACCCGGAGUUAGUAGUUUCUCAAUUUAGCAAGAGGCGAUUUCAAAUCCGCGUACUGAGAUCAGACUCAGAAGUUGACUCGGACUCUCCCCCGCCCGACAUUCCAUACAUAUUCAUUGACCUUCCUUUUAUGCGUCAGAAUGGAAAGUCUCACUCCAUCACUCUUCCCGACAUAUAUCUAUCUAUGGACCCGCAAGGCGCCAGACCUGGUCCUGACUGCACGUGGAAAAACUUUUAUAAGCUUGAGAUAGUAGAUAUGGGUGACAGCGGACUAUUUGUUAGCCGAGUUAACCUCAAGAUGGGCUGUUUCCUUCAAGAGCGCUGUGGGUUUCGCACUACGAGUAUCGACGCUGCGAUCUUCUUAAACCAAAGGGAACUGACUUUCCAGAUGAUCAACGACGAAGCGAUCAGGAAUGCACUGUCUAACGGUGUCGAUAUUUCUGUGUGUGACGAUCAAGAAGACUUUCCGGUACGAUGGGAAGAACUGAAAGAAUACUCCGCUUUGCUGAAGUGCUACGACGGGAUUGAACUACUUCCGGAGGAUCGUGAUACUCCCGGUAAUGAGAUCGCUCAGAUCCCCGAAGAUGAAUUAAACAUGAAGUCUUACUCCGGGGCACAUAAUGCUGGAGCACAACAGAAAUACUAG